GGUACAGCGUCACAAAUGCUUCAGAUUACUUAGGUAAAUUUUCAGUUUAUUUUUGUUAUUUCUCUCUGAAAGCUCGGCCCAGGGACGCUUUUAAUCACGCCUGGAGACAUGAGAGGAAGGAAAGCCUGACUGAAGCCGAUUUUGUCUCAGCUGACGCAGUUUUACUGUAACAUCCCACCUGCAGCCCCACCGGUAGCAUCAUGGUGGACAUCAGUGUAAAAAGAGCAGCUGCUUGGGUGUGUCAGACUCAUGACCUGGCAGAUAUCCUUCUUCCUGUUCAUCUCAGCACAAAAGACAGCGAAGACGAAGAUCUUAGUCUGACAGAGAAAGAAGAGACUGACAGGGUUGUUUCUGCGCAGUUGGAGCAGGUGGAGGAAGGAUCGCCCUGCAUCCUCACUCUCAGCUGCAGGUCCAGCUCUGAUACCAUCAGCCGCCUGAUGGUCGUCAGCGAGGCUCGAACCAUGGAGGUGUACAACCAGAUGGAAGAAUACUGCGGGACAGUGCGAGGCAUAAAGGAUAAAACAAUCCAGCUUGGUGAAGACAGAGGUCCUGUUUACAGGAAGCAGCUGAUCCUUGAGCAUCCAUCAUCAGCUUGUGAAGUGAAGUUGCUGUCCCUAGCAGGCAGAAGUAGUGUUGUGGUGUGUCGUGUUGUUGUGGGCCUUCAGGAGCUUCAGCCUGCCCCGGCUCAUGGCCCUGGUAUAGACCUGCAGCAGGUGCAGUGUCUGGUUGAAGAAAUGGGAACAAGUUUGUCUCCUGGAGCCCAAAACCUCCUGGAUAUGGUGCAGUUCCAGCAGAAGAAUCAGAUGAGCUCUCUGAGUGGGUUCCUGCCUCUUCUGAUGGGUGGUGGAGCUUUGUCUGCCUUAGCUGGAGGAACCGGAGCAUCUACGUCAGCUCUCAGGAAUUCUCCUCAGCCAUCAGGCUUCCUGUCCCCAGACUGCAUCAGGCCUGCAGACUUACCUGCAGCUCAGAACGGAGGGAUGUCUGAGGGCUCUACAUCUCCAGACCUCUCCCUGUCCGACCUCAGCACCAACAAUACAUCGAGCAGUGAGAGUGGAGUUCAGAUGAGCCACGCCCUGUUGGAGGAGAUGAUGUCACAAUUCAUGAAAGGGCGGGGCCAACAACAAGUGUUGAGCCCUGACCUUCUGCCCAUGCUCCAGAGUGUCUGCGGUCAGGUGACGCAGCUGCGGCUCGAUGAUGCUGAGAUGGCAGCGGAGAAGAAAAUGAGGAAUGGUGGCUGUGAGUUGGACUCAGCCAUGGAGCGCCAUCUGGAGGAGAUGGAGAGGAGGCUCAAGGAGCACAUGGACCGUCGGCUGGAUGCUCUGGAGCAGAAACUGGAGAAGGCCCUGCUGAGUGCUUUACCGAUGGUCUCCUUCAACACCGAAGCUGUGAGCAGAUCUGCAGCAGGAUCAGCAGCUAUCGGACCUUCAGAACCAAUCAGCUUAAUGCCGUCCACACACUGAUCUCAAAGCAGCUAACAGACUGAGUGUGAAACCUGGAGGCCUUACUGCUCAUCCUGAACCAAAUCUCAGCGUCAGAGUGGACACGGAGGUUAAUAAAAUCAUGUUAACUUAAAAGAUUUUAACAAACUUAAUCUGAAGUGUCAACAUAGCUGUUGAAAGGUCAAAGUCCUGUUCUGUUGUUCAGCCUGAAGCCUCUGUAAUGGCUUGUGUUCAACUGUCAAAGGGAAUUUAAUACAGUUGUGAUAAAAGGGACAGGAGGACCAUGAAUGCACCAUGGGCUUUUCUGCAGCAAGCUCAAGUUGAGGUUUCUUGUCCGAUUACUCAGGUUUUAGUACAGUUUGGGUUAAGUUACAACACCAGCAACAUACACGGGUUUCUAGUCUAAAUACCCACACUCCCGUAAUUCUGUUCAGAGCUUCACAGCUGAUUUUUGAACUGUAACUUACUCAAUCACAUCUGGCACCAUUCAAAUACAUAAGGUCAUGCUGAGAGAAGAAAACUCAUAAACUCUAACCCUCUGUGAGGGGUUGUGCCAUGAUCUGCCUGUAUGGCAAGCCAAAUGAGCAUUUAUUCU